AACAGGGAAAGGAAAUCACUGUUAUUAGUUUUGAUUAAAGCCUCGAAGAAAGAAAUCAGCUGCUGUUUAGGAGGGCUGAAGAAACAGAACCAGGAUUUUUUAUUUUGAACACUGAAUGAUAAGAAAAAUAGAACCAGAGACUCGUCAUGUGAUAUAGUUACUAUCUCUAGAAGAUUAUCCAAGUUCCAGGGGACAAUGGAAGAUUUCUCAAAAAAGAUGGAUUUGGUUUUGGCCUUACACAUCCAGUAAGGAUAUCCUCUCUCUGUCUCUGAGCAGAUAAGGUCCAAUCCCAAUUUUCAGCCCCUGGGAACUUCUUAAUCUAUUCCUGCCUGCUAAGACUCCCACCAGAGAGAAAAGAUGGCAACAAUAAAGAAGAAAAGUCUCAAAGUGUUUACCUUCAUCCUCCUUCUGGUUUUUCUCACAUCCUUCUUCUUGAACUAUGCUCACACCACAACCACCUACACCUGGUUCCCCAAGCAGAUGGUGAUGCAUUUCUCAGAGCAUUUGAAAAGAUUCAUGAAGUACCCUCAGAGACCCUGUAGUUGCUCCCAGUGCAUCUCGGAGACUGGGUUUGCUCCCUGGUUUGAUGAAAGGUUUAAUCAUACGAUGCAGCCAUUGUUAAAUAGGCAGAAUGCUUUCUUGGAGAAUGACACCUAUACUUGGUGGAUGAAACUUCAGAGAGAGAGAACGCCCAAGAAACUAAAUGAGACCUUCAUGGACUUGUUCAGCGUCAUUCCCGGCGACGUCGACCCGUUCCUGAAGAAGGGGCCUUUGGUCUGCAGAAUGAACCGAGCCCCCACAGCAGGGUUUGAAGUCGAUGUUGGGAGAAAGACUACUCACCACUUGGUGUACCCCGAGAGUUUCCGGGAGCUGGCAGGAAACGUCAGCAUGAUCCUGGUUCCCUUUAAGACCAUGGACCUGCAGUGGCUGGUCAGUGCUCUGACCAAAGGGACCAUCAACUUCACGUAUGUCCCUGUUCCUCGAAAAAUACAUGUGAACAGAGAAAAGAUCCUCAUCUAUCAUCCAGCAUUCAUCAAAUAUGUCUUUGACAACUGGCUCCAGGCCCAUGGAAGGUACCCAUCCACUGGAAUUCUCUCUGUGAUUCUUUCUCUACACAUCUGUGACAAGGUGGAUCUCUAUGGUUUUGGGGCAGACAGUAAAGGAAACUGGCAUCACUAUUGGGAGAAUAACCCUUCAGCUGGAGCUUUCCGAAAAACAGGGGUGCACGAUGGUGACUUUGAAUCCAAUGUGACCUCCACUCUAGCAUCCCUUAACAAAAUACGAAUCUUCAAGGGGAGAUGACCCCAGGCCAGGCCAGAACCCCCAGUGGAUCACUCUCUGUAAUUUCAGCCUCUGGCUCCUUCCUGUCUCCUUCUUCGGGGUCGGUGAGCCACAAGGAUGUGACAGGCCGUGAAUGGCAGCUGGACCGAUGGGCUGUAUCUGUUUCACAUUUUGUUUGAUUUCCUUUGGGACUACAAGACAAUCCUCAAGAAUCAGUAAUGGACAGAGAAUCUCAGCUCAAUCAGUGUUUGGGACAGGGUGGGUGGGAGGUGGUGGGGAGAAGUGGGCAGAUGCUGGGCAGAAGUCAAAUGAUUGAACAUGAUUUUCCUACCUCUGGAAAGAAAUACAGGCCAGGUUUAGAGACAUUUGACCCCAGGCAUGGCGUUCCCACUUUCCUGAAAUAAAGCAAGGAAUUCCCAGUGAAGAUGGGAAAAGAGACUUUAUUAGAAGAUUCCAGAUGAAUGAACCAGGAUUCAGAAAGAAAUACAACCGUCCUUAUUAAUAUAAUUUCUUAAAAUUUUCAAGAUUACCUCAUUGGUCUGCUUCGGCAUUCAUGGGAAAAGGCUGGUUUCCUUUUGGUAUCUCACCAGGCAGGUCCAGUGUCUGGCUUCCUGCUUGGCAAUAUCAAAAGGUCUUUGCUAUACGUUCAUACACUGGCCCUCACAGGGAGAAAAGGACCUCUGGUUUCAAAGCUUUUAUCAAAACCAUUAUCCAAUGCUUCUGACAUGAAUCUGGGAAAGGAUGGGAGGAGGUUUACAUCCACGAUGUAGCCCUGAUUGCUCUUCCACCAUGCUCUCUCCGUUUGUUUUUUAAAGUAAAUAUUAUUUUGGAAAA